AUGGCUCGCGCACCAGCUGGCGUGGAAGCCUUCCCCGAGAGCAGCCAAAACAGCAGCUGCAGCAGCUGCAGCAGCACGAGCAGGCGAUUUGCUUCCUUUGACCUCCCUAGACACCCAACUCGAACAACGGCAGUCGCUGCCGAGAGGCAACGCCACUUAGAAGUAGACCUCGCUGCUCCGACCGCCGCAGCGGAGGCAGCAGCAGAAGUAGCAGCCAAUGAUCCCCACUCCAGUGCUGCUUUGUUUGCAGCUUCGCUUGCUUCCACCGCAGCAGCAGCAACAGAAGCAGCAACAGCAGAAGCAGCAACAGCAGAAGCAACAACAGCAGAAGCAAACAGGGUGCAUAUGCCAUGUCUGUUUAUCGAUCCCAGCGGGGAACGGGUGCCUCUCGUGCAGCACUGCAGUGUCGACCAGAGAGAUGCCGUGUUUGCAGCAGCUGUAUCAACAGCAGACAGCGGGGGAGGGGCCUCGUCGCUGCAAGCAGAGUUAAAAUCGGCUUGCGGAUUUGCCGGAGUGGGAGUGGAAGACAUCGGUCGCUUUCGCCUCUUUUCACGCCGUCGCCUUCUGGAACUCAUGCCCGAAGGCUUUGCCGGAGAGCUCAACAGGGAUAUGCUGCUAAUUCCAUCCAGCAGCUCACCUGUGGGCAUUAUGCUCCGCAAGUCGACUCUCGAGCUGCAGCUGCAGCUGCAACACUUUGCGGAUGUGCAGGCCGCCUCCUAUGACAAGCUUCCCACCGAUUAUAACAGUGGAAACAGCCGUUGGCACACUCUACAGCAGCAUACGUCUGCUGCAAGGCAUACUGUGAACACGGGAUUUCUUUUGGAUGGUCACAGGGGUGUCGGCAAGAGUUUUGUGUUGAAUUAUUUGGUGACUUGGGCAAGAGAGAACGGCUGGCUUGUUCUUUUUGAACCUCUCCCUUCCAAAUAUGCCCGCGAUAUUGGGGAUAUCAAGAGAUCUUCAUCCGGGGUGUAUAUUCAGUCGGAGUUUGCCCGCGUCUUUUUGGAGCGCUUCCUGCUAUUUAACCAUCCAAUGCUCGCUGACAUUCCUGUCGAUAUGAAGACUUACGGCCAGGCAGCGCUUGAUGGGGUGCACCGCAAAUACGCUGCGCGUGCAUACGAGGCGCUGCUGGAGAGUGUCGUGGCACAAGAUCUCGAGGAGAUGAAGGCGGAUUUCAUUGCAACUUCGGGAGCGCAGCCGGAGCUUGAGCGGGAGAAGCUGAAGUUGUGGCGCGCGUACAGCCAAGACGUCUCUAUUCCAUCUAUUCGAUCGCGGCUGAAGCAACCUACGAGCGUCCUGGAAGUAGCCCUCUUUGGUGCUGAGCAGGAGGCAUUUGCCACGCAGGCUUGCUACGAGGUGGUAGAGCAACUCAAGAAGCAGACGCGUUUCAAUAUACUGACAGUCAUAGAUGAGUGGAAUGAAUGCUUUCCAGUCAGCGAAUACCUCUCUAUGCGUUACGAAGAAACGAAGUUCGGGGGCCGCAUCCCAGCGUAUCAUUUGGCACUCCCGAGGCUCUUGAGUCCUUACAAUGGCGCACAGUUCAAGCGAGGGCUGAAAAUAGUUGCGACAAGUUGGAAGCGGAUGAAGAGACGCGAUUACCGUCCAGAAUUCCUCGGCGUUAAGGCCGAAGACGUGCGCACCGUCCGCAACUUUUCGCCCUUGGAGUUUGCCUCGUAUGUCGCGUACCUCCAAAAGAAGCGCGUUUUGCACAAUUUUCCCUUGGACAGGCUCAAUUACUUCUACAUGCUAUGCGGUGGCAACGGCUUUGAGGCACGGCGCCUGCUGUCCACCCUCUACUGA